CCGCCUCUAGCUCUCGUUCCUCCCCUCCCAGCUCUUGCCGCACCCCAUUCUACUCUCCCUUCGCCCCUCCCCUCCUUCGGUGGGUGCCGGUCUCACCCCGCACCGCUCCGUACCCUGGUUGCGCCUUCUUGCUCCUCCCCGCCGUGCUCCGCCCACUCGCGCCUUCUUUUCCGGCAAGCGCUGCGGCUGCGUGCACUGCGGAAGGCGCGGAGGGAACAGCAGCUGAUUAGUAAGAGACUGCUGAGAGACGACGCCCCGGAGGAAGCCGAAGGGGGAUGUGUGGCCGUGAUCCUUGGGGAAACUGAGAUCCAGCAGUUCUUACGAUUAGCACAGCGGGGGACAGAGGAAAAGGAAAGAGAGAGGGCUCUGGUCAGCCUUCGUCGAGGCUUGCAGCACCCUGAGACGCAGCAGACCUUCAUCUGGCUGGAGGGCAGCAUGCGGACCUUGGUCGGGCUUCUGACCAGCAACCGAGCCCUGUUGCAGCUUGAGGCCGCUCGGUGCCUUCAUGAGCUCUCUCAUUCUGAGCAGUCUGCGGUGGCUGAGGCCUGCCUGCCAGCCACUUCCUACCUUCUCACCUACCUCUCCGGUCACAGCUCAGAUUUUAUAGAGCUCUGUCUGUAUACACUGGGUAACCUGAUUGUGGAGAGUGAGGCUGUGAGAAGGCAGCUCCUGCCACAGGGCAUUGUUCCAGCCUUGGCUGCCUGCAUCCAGUCCCCCCAUCUGACCGUGCUAGAAGCCCUUGGAUAUGCCCUGUCCCAGCUUCUGCAAGUUAAGGAAGCUCCAGAGAUGAUCAUCCCCUCUGUCUUGGACUCCACUCUCCCUGAGCACAUCCUGCGCCUGUUGCAACCUGGCCCAAAGCUGAACCUUGGGGUUGCUGUGGAAUUUGCCUGGUGCCUGCACUAUAUCAUCUGCAGCCAGGUCAACAAUGCCCUGCUUAUCUCCCAUGGGGGUCUAUCCACUCUGGGUCUGCUGCUCUUGGACAUGGCUGGAGCUGUCCAGAGAACAGAGGAUGCAGGACUGGAGUUGCUGGCAUGCCCUGUGCUUCGGUGUGUAAGCAACUUGCUAACAGAAGCAGCAGUGGAGGUCUUGGGAGGGCAGAAUCAGCUCGAAGAUGACCGUGUUGUGGCGGCCUUAUUUAUCCUCCUGCAGUUCUUCCUUCAGAAACAGCCCAGCCUACUUCCUGAGGGCCUCUGGCUCCUUAACAACCUCACUGCGAAUAGUCCUAGUUUCUGUACCUCCUUGCUCUCCAUGGAUCUCAUUGAGCCCCUCUUGCAGUUGUUGCCAGUUUCUAAUGUGGUGAGCCAAUUGGUGCUCACAGUUCUGUGCAACGUGGCAGAGAAGGGUCCUGCUUAUUGCCAACGUCUGUGGCCAGGGCCCUUGCUCUCCUGCUUGAUUGGUACACUGGCCUUCCCUGACAUUGAAGUAGUAGGCCAGAGUUUAGAGCUGCUGCAGUUGCUGUUCCUCUAUCGGCCAGAGGCUGCUGAGGACUUUCUGCAGCAAUCAGGGCUGCAGGUCAUGGAAAGACACAAAGAGGAGGCACAGCUCCAGGAUCGUGUGCAUGCUCUGCAGCAGUUAGCUCUUCACAGGUGACCUGGCUUUUCCAUAUCAUUCUACUCAUCUCCUCUCUCUGCCCCAAUUUCCUUGCCCAUGGAUCCCCUUUUGAGGGUUUAGAACUAUGAUGAUAACUCAUGCUCUCUGCUCCUAUGUCUAAGCCAAGAUGUUUGAAGCUCAGCUCUUCCUCUGUGAUCCCGCACUGUCCACAUAGGACCAAAUGGAACUUGAUGUGGGCCCCGAGUCUCCCCCCCCCCCCCCCCGCCCCAUUAACAACUGGUGGUUUUUGAUGGACAGAAUAAAGUUUUAUUUUUAUACUAAA